UUCAUGGACCAGCAGACUUCACUAAAGACAUGAGCUCCUGUGGAGGAGCCGCGCUGCUGCUGCUGCUGCUCGGCCGCUGCUGCUGCACCAGUCCCGGCAGGUCAGUGUGCCAGGGGAUGCAUAACUACCUGACGCUGCUGGGGACUCGUGAGCAUCACUAUGACAACAUGGUGAAGAUGUACACCAACUGCUCCGUGGUCCUGGAGAACCUGGAGGUGACCUACACCCUGGAGCACCAGGACCUGGCCUUCCUCCAGACCAUCCAGGAAGUGGGCGGCUACGUUCUGAUCGCCAUGAACGAGGCCGCCGACGUCCCGCUGCUCAACCUGAAGCUGAUCCGAGGCCAGAACCUCUACGAGAACCAGUUCGCCCUGCUGGUGAUGUCCAACUACAACAGGAACCAGUCCACCCUGAACUACACCAGCGGGCUGAGGCAGCUGAGGCUCAGCAGCCUGACAGAGAUUCUGAAAGGAGGCGCAAAGAUUACCCACAAUCCCUUGCUGUGCAACAUCGAGACCAUCCAGUGGGGGGACAUCCUGGACAGUAACUCCAGCGUGCUCCUCAAGGCGGACUCCGCCUUCACACCCAAAUGUGAGACGUGUGACCCGCUCUGUGAUACCGGCUCGUGUUGGGCCGCUGGACCGGAUCACUGCCAGAGAUUCACCAGGCUGCAGUGUGCAGAGCAGUGCAGCCGCAGGUGUCGAGGCCCCAAACCCAGCGACUGCUGCAACGAGCACUGUGCAGCCGGCUGCACUGGACCCCGAGCCAUUGACUGCCUGGCCUGCAGGGACCUCAACGACAACGGGACCUGUAAGGACGCCUGUCCACAUCUGACCCUCUACAACUCAAAGACCCACCAGGAGGUCCACAACCCCAACGCCAAGUACACCUACGGGGCCACCUGCGUGAAGGCCUGCCCACAUAACUACGUGGUGGCUGGAGGGUCAUGUGUUCGUACCUGCAGCGCCGGGAUGCACGAGGUGGAGGAGGGGGGGGUCCAGCGCUGUAAGGACUGCGAUGGACCCUGUCCUAAAGUCUGUGACGGAGUCGGGGUCGGUUCUCUGAUCAACACCAUCGCUGUCAACGCCUCCAACAUCGACUCCUUCAGGAACUGCACGAAGAUCAUCGGGGACGUCUCGCUCAUCGCGACCUCCUUCAGCGGGGACCCGCACUAUAAGAUCCCCCCCAUGGACCCGGCUAAACUGGAGAACUUCAGGGCGGUGAAGGAAAUCACAGGCUUCCUGCUGAUCCAGUUCUGGCCAGAGAACCUGACUUCUCUGUCGGUGUUUGAGAACCUUCAGAUCAUCAGAGGCAGAACCACGCGUGCCCAGUACAGCGUGGUGGUGGUCUGGGCCCGGCACCUCCUCUGGCUGGGCCUGCGCUCCCUGAAGGAGGUGAGCGCCGGCCGGGUGAUGAUCAAGAACAACUCCCAGCUCUGCUUCAUCCGGGCCGCCCAGUGGACCGGGCUCUUCAGGACCCGAGACCAGACCCCCAACCUGAUCCACAACGCCCCCCCAGACGUCUGCGAACAGCAGAAUCGAACCUGUGACCCGGAGUGUACAGACCAGGGCUGCUGGGGUCCCGGUCCCGCCAUGUGUGUGUCCUGUCGCCAUGUUGACCGUAGGGGGCGCUGUGUGGCGCUCUGCCACCUGCAGCACGGCGAGCCCAGAGAGGUGGAGCUGAACAGCAGCUGUGUGCAGUGCCACCCGGAGUGUCUGCUGAAGACCAGGACCCCGACCUGCCGAGGACCGGGUCCAGACCAGUGCUCCCAGUGCGCCCACUUUAAAGACGGCCCCCACUGCGUGCCGCGCUGCCCCCACGGGGUGCUGGGAGACGGGGACGCGCUGAUCUGGAAGUACCCCGACGGGUCCGGCCGGUGCCGGACCUGCCACCAGAACUGCACCCAGGGGUGUUCAGGAGCUGGACUGGCAGGAUGCAGCGGUGGCUCCGCCUCCUCGGCGAUGGCGGUGGUCGUGGUCGGCGGGCUCCUGGUGACGGUGGUCGUGGCGCUGGUGGUCUUCGUGCUGCUGCGGCGCCGACGCAUCGGGAGGAAGAGGACGCUGCGCCGCCUGCUGCAGGAGAGAGAGCUGGUGGAGCCGCUGACUCCGAGCGGCGAGGCUCCGAACCAGGCGCUGCUGAGGAUCCUGAAGGAGACGGAGCUGAAGAAGAUCCGGGUUCUCGGCUCCGGGGCCUUCGGGACCGUCUUCAAGGGUCUGUGGAUCCCUGAAGGAGAGAGCGUGAGGAUCCCAGUCGCCAUCAAAGUCCUCCGAGAGGCCACGUCCCCGAAAGCCAACAAAGAAAUCCUGGACGAGGCGUACGUGAUGGCGAGCGUGGACCACCCUCACGUGUGCCGCCUGUUGGGGAUCUGCCUGACGUCGUCGGUCCAGCUGGUGACUCAGCUGAUGCCGUACGGCUGUUUGCUGGACUACAUCCGGCACCACAGGGACCACGUCGGCGCCCAGUGGCUGCUGAACUGGUGCGUCCAGAUCGCCAAGGGCAUGAACUACCUGGAGCAGCACCACCUGGUGCAUCGAGACCUGGCAGCGAGAAACGUUCUGGUCAAAACUCCGAACCACGUGAAGAUCACCGACUUCGGCCUCGCUAAGCUGCUGGAGGCCGACGAGGAGGAGUACCACGCUGAGGGGGGGAAGGUUCCCAUCAAGUGGAUGGCGUUGGAGUCCAUCCUCCAGUGGACCUACACCCACCAGAGUGACGUCUGGAGCUUCGGUGUGACGCUGUGGGAGCUCAUGACCUUCGGCUCCAAGCCGUACGACGGCAUCCCGGCCUGCCAGAUGGCCUCGGUGCUGGAGAGAGGAGACCGGCUGCCCCAGCCCCCCAUCUGCACCAUCGAGGUCUACAUGAUCAUGGUGAAAUGUUGGAUGAUCGACGCCUCCAGUCGUCCGAAGUUCAGAGAGCUGAUAGUGGAGUUCUCAAAAAUGGCCAGAGAUCCAUCCAGAUACCUGGUCCUACAGGGAGACCUCCCCAGUCCGACAGACAGCAGGUUCUUCUCUCGGCUGCUGAGCUCAGACGACAUGGAGGACGUCGACGUCGACGAGUACCUGCUGGCUUACAAAGGACCGGGUCACCGUGACAACCGGCCCUGCAUCGCCACGAACGUUCCUCCAGUCAGAGACAACAGCUUCAGUCUGCGUUACAUCAGAGACCCGACGCACAGCGCGCCGGAUGAAGAGGACUUCAGCCACGAGUACAUGAACCAGAGUCAGGGCGAAACCAGCCAGAGCAGCAGGCUGUCGGAGGUUUUGAAUCCCUACUAUGAGGACUUGAGCCUGGGCUGGGGCGCCACCUCGCUCCCCUCUGCUCCGGAGGACCUGAAGUCUCUGGGACCCGAAUACCUGAACACCGCCCGAAGCUCGCUGCCCCUGGCCGCCGGCGACAGCCUGGACAACCCGGACUACCAGGCCGACUUCCUGCUGCGGGCCACGCCCUCCGCCUCCAACACCACCGCUGUCACUGGGAACGGUUUGUUCCUCCCGGCGGUGGAGAACCUGGAGAACCUGGAGAACCUGGAGUACCUGGAGUACCUGGGUCUCGGUGCUGCAACGCACGCCCCCGUCCGCUAGGGGGCAGCAGCACCCAGACAGUGGAAACCAAACGUAUUUAAUUUUGCUGUUUUUAUCGUACAGUUCUACAGGAAAUGCAUCUUCUGCUCCACCGGAACACAACCUGCAGGCUGAGCGCUGCUCGACGGCACUCAGGCAGCCGUUACUGAGGAAGAGGAGAGCCGGGAUUCAAACCAACUGAACUCCAUUUCCUCUCAAUGGCUGCAUUCAUUUAUUCAUUUGAAUUGGUCCAUCUGGUCCGUCUCGGAGAGACAUGAAGGACAUGGACCGAGUUUAUAAAGACUGAAGCUCAUCUCCUCUCCUCUCCUCUCCUCUCCUCUCCUCUCCUCUCCUCUCCUCUCCUCUCCUCUCCUCUCCUCUCC